GGGCGCAGGUGCGCGGUGCCCGAGCCCCCCGGACCCCCGGGACGGAGAGGUGCGGUGGGUGCCCGGCCGGGGCGGGGGGCACCAUGGCACCCCCAGCCCGCGUGGCCCUGGUGCUGCUGCUGCUGCUGGCGGCACAGAGGAUGGCGAGGGGCACCUUCCCCGAGGAGCCCGGGCCCAUCGCCGUGGCCCCCCCGGACUAUGUGAAGCACUACCCCGUGUUCGUGGGGCACGGCACCGCCCGCCCGGGGGGCCCCGACGGGGGGGGCACCCAGCGCCUCAACAUCCAGCGCAUCCUCAAGGUCAACAGGACCCUCUUCAUCGGGGACAGGGACAAUGUCUAUCGGGUCAGCCUGGAGCCCAGCGGGGCCGCGGAGAUGCGCUACCACCGGAAGCUGACGUGGCGCUCGAACCAGCACGACAUCAGCAUCUGCAGGAUGAAGGGCAAGCACGAGGCAGAGUGCCGAAAUUUCAUCAAGGUGCUGCUGGUGAGGAACGAGAGCCUCCUGUUCGUCUGUGGCACCAACGCCUUCAACCCCGUCUGCGCCAACUACAGCAUGGACACGCUGGAGCCCGUCGGGGACAACAUCAGCGGCAUGGCCCGCUGUCCCUACGACCCCAAGCACGCCAACGUGGCUCUGUUCACAGGGGGGAUGCUCUUCACCGCCACGGUGACGGAUUUCCUGGCCAUCGACGCCGUCAUCUACCGCAGCCUGGGGGACAGCCCCACCCUGCGCACCGUCAAACACGACUCCAAGUGGUUCAAAGAGCCCUACUUCGUGCACGCCGUGGAAUGGAGGAGCCACGUCUACUUCUUCUUCCGCGAGAUCGCCAUGGAGUUCAACUACCUGGAGAAGGUGGUGGUGUCACGGGUGGCCCGGGUGUGCAAGAACGACAUGGGGGGCUCGCAGCGGGUGCUGGAGAAGCAGUGGACGUCCUUCCUCAAGGCCCGGCUCAACUGCUCCGUGCCGGGCGAUUCCCACUUCUACUUCAACGUCAUCCAAGCCGUGACGGACAUCCUGGAGCUGGACGGGCGCCCCGUGGUCCUGGCCGUGUUCUCCACGCCCACCAACAGCAUUCCCGGCUCCGCCGUCUGCGCCUUCGACAUGACCCAGGUGGCCGCCGUGUUCGAGGGACGGUUCCGGGAGCAGAAAUCACCCGAGUCCAUCUGGACACCCGUGCCAGAGGACAUGGUGCCAAAGCCACGGCCCGGCUGCUGCGCCUCCCCGGGGAUGCGCUACAACUCCUCCAGCGCCUUCCCCGACGAGAUCCUCAACUUCGUCAAGACGCACCCGCUGAUGGACGAGGCGGUGCCGGCCCUGGGCAACGCCCCCUGGAUCCUCCGCACCAUGACCCGGUACCAGCUCCGUAAGAUCGUGGUGGACAAGGCAGCGGGGCCGUGGGGCAACCACACCGUGGUGUUCCUGGGCUCCAGCACCGGCACCGUGCUCAAGUUCCUCAUCCUGCCCAACGCCACCAGCAGCCCUGUGCCCUCUGCCCCUGGCAGCCAGAGCAUCUUCCUGGAGGAGUUUGAGACCUACCAGCCCGGGAGGUGUGGCCGGGACACGGAGGACGAGCGGCGGCUCCUGGGGCUGGAGCUGGACAAGGCUGCGGGGUCCCUGCUGCUGGCCUUCCCCCCGUGCGUGGCCAGGGUGCCCGUGGCUCGCUGCCAGCAGCACUCGGGCUGCAUGAAGAACUGCCUGGGGAGCCGGGAUCCCUACUGUGGCUGGACACCGGAGGGCUCCUGCAUCUUCCUGGAGCCCAGCCCCAGGGUGGCCUUCGAGCAGGACAUCGCCGGCGGCAGCACGUCCCACCUGGGCGAGUGCGAGGGGCUGGUGACGGAGAGCUUCGUGGACGAGCCGGACGGGCUGGUGUCGGUGAACCUCCUGGUGAUCUCCUCCGUCGCCGCCUUCGUCAUCGGCGCCGUCAUCUCCGGUUUCAGCGUGUGCUGGUUCAUCGGGCACCGGGACCGCAAGGAGCUGGCGCGGCGCAAGGACAAGGAGACGAUCCUGGCGCACAGUGAGUCGGUGGUGAGCGUCAGCCGCCUGGGCGAGCGGCGGGCACGGGGAGCGCUGCUGGCCCCGCUCAUGCCCAACGGGUGGCCCAAGGAGCUGGGCAAGGUCACCCAGCACGACCUGGACUCGGGGGUGCUGCCCACGCCGGAGCAGACCCCGCUGCAGCAGAAACGCUGCCCCGGCGCCCUCCAGAACUGCAGCUGGGAGCAGAGUCACAACAUCAUCAACGCGGCUUUGCGGGACCCUGGAGGAGGCUCCGGCCCCGCGGGCGCCGGGCGGGGGCACGGCGGCUCCGGCCGCCCGCGGGGCAUCCCCCUCUCCUGCCACGCCAUCCUGGUGGACCAGGAGCUGGAGGCCGAACUCAGCGACUCCUCAGGCGACGGGCACUGGGGUCGAGACCCUCAGGAGGGGCCCCGCACCCGGCAGCACCCCCCCGCCGGCGCCCGCCGCCCGCCCCGCAGCUCCUACGGCGACUUCGGCGCGGCGCGCACCCCCAGCCCCGAGCGCCGGCGGGUGGUGUCGGCACCCAGCGGGGAGGGGGAGACUUUUACCGAGGGGCCGCCCUGGCACCCCGAGCAGCUGAACUUCAACGCCAACAACGGCACGGGCCGCCCCGGCGCCCAUCUCAAGAGGAACCACACGUUCAACAGCGGCGGCGGCGCGGGCGGCUACGGGCGGCACGGGACGGCAGCGCGGGCAGCGCGGGCAGCGGGCACCCCGCGGCCGCUGACGGACCUGCACCACCUCCUGCGCUACGGCGUGGAGCGGACUCCCUCGGGAAAAUAGGGUGCCGCCCUGUGCGCGUCCCCGGCCAGGACACUGAUGGGGACCCGGCUCCCUGGGGACAGGGACGGGGGCCGGGCAGGAGCUGCGGGCAUGGGGUGAGGUGCUGCAUGGGUGAGGGGGGGACAGGCACC